AUGGCGACGCUCUCCCUCGCGGCCUCCUCCGCGGCCCGGCGCCCGGCACUGCUGCCGCCGAGGCUGCUGGCGGCGAGGGCGAUGGCGUCGUCGCUCUUCGGCCACGUCGAGCCGGCGCCCAAGGACCCCAUCCUCGGCGUCACCGAGGCUUUCCUCGCCGACCCCUCGCCCGACAAAGUCAACGUCGGCGUCGGCGCCUACCGGGACGAUAACGGCCAGCCCGUCGUGCUCAGCUGCGUGCGCGAGGCCGAGCGCCGGAUCUUGGGCAACCUCAACAUGGAGUACCUUCCGAUGGGAGGCAGUAUCAAGAUGAUUGAAGAGUCACUGAAGCUGGCGUACGGAGAGGAUUCUGGCUUCAUCAAAGAUAAGAGGAUAGCAGCGGUGCAGGCUCUUUCAGACACUGGUGCCUGCCGGCUCUUUGCUGAUUUCCAGAAGCGUUUUUUGCCUGAUUCGCAGAUCUACAUAUCAACACCAACGUGGUCCAACCAUCACAAUAUUUGGAGGGAUGCUCAAGUGCCACAGAAGACAUUCACAUACUACCAUCCAGAGUCAAGAGGGCUUGAUUUUUCAGGAUUGAUGAAUGACAUCAAGAAUGCUCCAGACGGUUCAUUCUUUUUGCUUCAUGCAUGUGCUCAUAAUCCUACUGGUGUAGAUCCUACAGAGGAACAAUGGAGAGAAAUAUCCCAUCAGUUCAAGGUGAAGAAACAUUUUCCAUUCUUUGACAUGGCAUACCAAGGGUUUGCCAGUGGUGAUCCAGAGAGAGAUGCCAAGGCAAUCCGAAUUUUCCUUGAAGAUGGACACCAAAUUGGAUGUGCUCAGUCAUACGCAAAGAAUAUGGGACUUUAUGGACAGAGAGCAGGAUGCCUGAGUAUUCUGUGUGAGGAUGAGAUGCAAGCAGUUGCUGUCAAGAGCCAACUGCAACAGAUCGCGAGACCAAUGUACAGCAACCCACCUGUUCAUGGUGCACUGGUUGUUUCUAUAAUCCUCAAUGAUCCAGAAUUGAAGGGUUUAUGGUUAAAAGAAGUCAAGGGUAUGGCUGAUCGUAUCAUUGGCAUGCGGAAGGCACUUAAGGAAAAUCUUGAAAAGCUAGGUUCACCUUUGUCAUGGGAUCAUAUCACUAAUCAGAUCGGAAUGUUCUGCUACAGUGGGAUGACACCUGAACAAGUUGACCGCUUAACAAAUGAAUACCACAUUUACAUGACACGCAAUGGGAGGAUAAGCAUGGCUGGUGUAACAACAGGAAAUGUUGCUUACUUGGCAAAUGCGAUUCAUGAGGUUACCAAACCAAACUGA